GAUGCAUAUAGGUCCUUGGCUAGAGCUGAAGCAGUUUAUGAUGUAAGACAAGAAAUUACAAAUAAAGUAAAUGAGAAAAUUCUAAUUAGUUUAGUUAAUAUUGAUCAGCCAACCAGUUUUGAACCAAUUACUGAAGAGUCUAAUAUUACCAAUCUUAUCCUAGUUUCUAAUAUCAUUUUGUCUAUUGGUAAAG